AUGACAUCAUGGCAACAUCCCAAGCAGUAUGCCUUGGGCAUACAUGAUGUCAUAGAGGACCAGCCAAUCAGAAUCCUCCCCAGCCUGUGGUCCUCUGGUGGGUGGCAGUGGUUGGGAGUGAAGGCAGAGUUUGAAGCAGGAGUUUCCAGGGUACCCACAGUCCUGGACCUGGGAACCUCCCCACAGUGGGCGUGCAGCAUAGCUCCUGUAGUUCCACCCCCUGGAGUCCCUCCCUCCCACAUCUCCUCAGAUAUCCUGUCACCUGAGCCUGCAGUUAUCUGCUUCAGUAAGAUCUGUUGUGACAGGUGUGAGGUGAUAGCCUUUGUGAUGUUGCUUGUCAUUUCCAUGCUGGAGUUCUGUUUGUCUCUUGAUAGUAACUGCAUCUUCUAUACUGCUGCUGCUUCUACUGUGACCCAGAGAUAUCUACUGCAUGUCAGUAAAUAUGGCUCACUUUCCUCCAUAAGCUCUAUCAACAGGGGACUCCUCAUUUUGACAUUACCCAGGGAUGUUUUCUUUAUAGGAGUCAUGCUGUUGUCAAGUGAAUACAUGGCGAUUCUCUUGCCCAUUCAUCAGAGGCAGUACCAGCAUCUUCACAGUACCAGCCCCUCCUCAAGAGUCUCCACAGAGAGAAGGGCCACCCAGACUGUCCUGUUGGUGAGUUUCUCUGUGGUCAUAUACUGAGUGGACGUCAUCAUCUCAUUCUCUUCAUGUUUGUUACGGGGAUAUUAUCCAGUCAUCCUGGAUUUUCAGAAGCUUGUGUCCAAUGUGUAUGCCACUGUCAAUGCAUUGGUGGUAAUUUGUCCUGGUAAAAAUAAAAAUGUGCUUCAAAAGUGUGGAAAAAUUUCAACCAAUGUAUAA